UUAAACUAAAGGAGCGCGGGUCUCGGGUUUCCAUGACGACGACGUCGGUGGGGGGACCCGGGCGGGGCGGGGUCGAACGCAUGCGCGCUGCGCGCCGGACGCGGCCAGUCCCUGUCUCCCGCGCGACUGUCGCGAGUGUCGGACCGCGGCGGCCCUUCCCCACCCCACCCCCCGCAGCUCGGCCAUGGCGCCCCCGCCGCCUCGUAGCCCUCCGCGGCCGCCGCCCCCGCUGCUGCUGCUGCUGCUGCUGCUGCUGAGCGCGGCGCUGCUGGGCGCCCAGGCCCGCGCCGACCCCGCUCCGGGCAGCGCCGUCCCCGCGCAGAGCCGCCCGUGCGUGGACUGUCACGCGUUCGAGUUCAUGCAGCGCGCCUUGCAGGACCUGCGGAAGACGGCGUCCAGCCUGGACGCGCGGACCGAGACUCUCCUGCUGCAGGCCGAGCGCCGCGCCCUGUGUGCCUGCUGGCCCGCCGGCCGCUGAGGAUGCACUGACCCCCCAAUAAACACCCAAACCCGU